GCGAGCGCAGGCGAGUUAUGGCCAAUGGAGAGGCCCGACGGCAUGCCGGUCAUCCAGUCGCUGGAGGUGAUGUGCGGGAAGGACCACAUGGACGUGCAUCUCACCUUCUCGCAUCCUUUCGAAGGCAUCGUAUCUUCUAAAGGCCAGCACGGCGACCCGCGAUGCGUGUACGUGCCGCCCUCUACCGGACAGACGUACUUCUCGUUCAGGAUCGCGUAUGCUAAAUGCGGCACAAAGCCAGACCUCCACGGUCAGUUCUACGAGAAUACGGUGGUAGUUCAAUACGACAAGGAUCUGCUGGAAGUGUGGGACGAGGCGAAGAGGCUGCGGUGCGAAUGGUUCAACGAUUACGAGAAGACAGCGUCCAAGCCGCCGAUGGUCAUCGCUGAUUUGGAUGUCGUGCAGUUGGAUUUUAGAGGUGACAAUGUGGAUUGCUGGAUGGAGAUCCAGGCUGGCAAGGGUCCCUGGGCGCCGCCGGUGUCAGGCAUCGUACCGUUAGGGUCCACCCUGACCCUAGUCGUUGCCAUCAACGAUUAUCGAGGCGAGUUUGACAUGCGAGUGAAGUCUUGCGCCGCUUCAGAUGGUUCCGGUCAUAUUAUCCAAUUGUCUGAUGAGUACGGAUGUGUGUUGCGUCCUAAGAUGAUCUCCAGGUUCCUGAAAGCCAAAGCAGCGGACGAGCGAGCGACUGUUAUAACCUAUGCAUUCUUCCACGCGUUCAAGUUCCCCGAUGCUCUCAGUGUCCACAUAAGGUGCAAAGUGGAGAUAUGCAGGCAUGGGUGUUUGGACCACUGCCAAUUAGCUGGUGUCACUCCUCAAAGACAUGGAGCGUUAGACAGAAAGGACGAUAGAACUCACCAAGAUCAUAAUGAAAUCAACGAUUCAUCAGCUGAAGACGGAUCAAGUCUAAUAGAAGAGCAGCGUCUCCCGCUGGAAGAGGCGUUUGGUGAUGAAGUCUCAGGAGACGCUGUCCCCGCGCCAGCUCCAUUGCCGCAACGAGCACCAGCGCCUGUGGUGGAACCCGAUGAGGAUCACAUGUCUGUUGUUGAAGAGUUGGUUGAAGCCUUUGCUAGACCUUUCACUGAACGCCCAACGAACCUUGGUGACAGGGAGCGCUUCCCCCACGGUCCUCGGAACCUUAAUUCCAACAUCCAGCCAGAGCCGACCCGUGAUACAGUAGUGCCAGUGAAACCUCCGGGUCCCGCUGUAGCUGGUCCAAGGUCCUUGCGCAGAAGGCGUACUGUCCGAGAUGCCAGGUCUGCUGAUGUGGGCGUUUCGGGUAUAUACGAAGUAGUUUCCGAAGCGGACCUCGCGUUUGGACCAUCUAGGGAAUCUGUCACUGUGUUUAGUGGACGAAUUCGUGAAGAGGUGGUCUACGGCAUUUGUAUGGGCGCUGUAAGCUUCGGAGCAUUAUUCGCUUCCGCGGCGGGAGCGGCUGCAGGCGCGGCCUUGGCUGCAGCCGUGAUGCUGCAACGACUCCGUUCAAGGAUGGCCAUCCAACCGCCACCACCUAUCUCCCCAGCGCCUGCCUCCCACUCCCUGGCCGCGUGGAUGGCUCUGAGACUCCUGGGAUCCCCACCACACCCCCACCACUCUCGUGAAGGCUGACUCGAGUUUAUGUGAAAGACUGUUAGUUUCUAGUUGUGAGUGUGUUGUGACGUUGGGUAUUAAUAAAACAUAGUUUAUUAUCAAAUGUGGUAAUUCUAUAUGUUAAGAUAUUUCAGUUAAAAAUCAUAUUUUGAUUUAAUAUUAAAUGGUGCUGUACUGGUGCUUGUAUAUCAUCAAUGAUAAUACCGAUUAUGUCCAUUGUGUUUUAUUAACACCCAAUAAAUUUUAUGUAAAUCGAUAUUUUCAAAUUCAUAGAGUUUUCGAUACCUGAUUAUUUCCUUCUGUGUUUAAAAGGUCAGUUUCUUUCGAAUGAGUGAACACAUCUAAAAUAACACUAUUCUUAUAAUUUACGUUAGCUGUAAGUAAAUCAAUGGUUCUAGAGUGUCAAAUGGUGCUAGGUCGUGCUACGGACUAAGUCCUAAGAAACCUGAUUAUAUAAAAUUUUUCACUGUUGUGAAUAUACAUAAGUUGUACAUAUAUAUUUUUCUAUGUUUUUACACUGAUUUUCGUGUUCUUUAGAUUUUAGCGGAUAAGAAUAAACGAGUCAUGCCAUUAGAGUAAGGUUUAGUUAAUCCAGAAUAUACGCUACUUGUUAUGGAUUGCUCAUUUAUUUGUGUAGAUUGUAUGUUUAUAUCCGAAAUGUAUUAAUUUUACUCAUUUUUAGUGAAUUAAUCAGAGGCUCUGAUAUUUGCAUUCCUUCGUCACAUAAUCACGUUAAUUUGAUUAAAAACCAUACUUAUAGCAAUAGCAUGAAAUUUAUUGAGUUUUAAGGCGUUAUUCUAUUGUUUGCUAUAUUGGGAUGAAAUUUGCGAACUAGUAGAGUUGGUUCGAAUUAUUUAUUUAUUAUAUACUUUAGACAUGUUUAGAGAAACUAGUAAUAUAAUUGUUCGUCAAAACCUAUAUUUAGUAGAUUUAUUUAAUUUUAUUAAUGACGAAACACGUCUUGUCUAUUAAUUUAAUAAAAUGCUUAAAGUUAAUUGGAGCUGCAGUCUGUUCAUAUUUUAUUACGUUAUGUAAAAUAUGGGUAAACGUUGGAGAGACUGUUACUUCAUCGUAAGUUAUUUAUUUAGGAACUCUAGAUUUAGUGUAAGAUUCACUGUAUACCUGAGGCUUUACUCCGAAUGCACGAGGUCGAUACUUAAAUACACUUAAAAAAUACAUUUACUUACCAACCAACAUGACUCCAAUUUAGUACUGUAUUUAAAACUGUGAGUUCUUGAGAAGGGUGCAUAUACCAAAAAUCAAAGCACAGUUUAUGUCAGGUUAUGAAAAUAUUCUUGUUUAUCACACAUAACUAAUUGUUGUUGCACUGUAGUAUCUUAGAAUUUUAUUAUAGCUUGUUUGUUAUUUACAAUAAUAAAAUAAUAAAUAAUAAUAAUAAUCCUUUAGAAUGUUUACAACUCUGAUCUACGUUUUCAUCUCAUUAAUGGUAAUUUAUUUUAUACUUACAUGAUUAGUAACUAUCGUUCUUCUUUACAAUUUGUAUUCUUAUCCUAAUUUUGAAGAUAUUCAGAAUUUCGUCUAUAUUUUGAGUAACUUCUUAACCAAGUUCUGAUUACGAUUUGCGCAAAUUAUCUUCUAAGGGAUUUGCCAGACAGGUUGUAAAAACUCAGCCAAAUUUUUGCAACGUAUGGCAAAAAUAAAGUAAAAAUAUUUCGUGAUUUCGGAGUGCGCCUCAUUAACGUUAUGAUAUUUUGAAACACCAAUGAAUGAUAAUAAUAGAUAUAUGCUAUUCUAAACUUGCAUUUACUCAGCAUUUAUUUUCCUACUUGUAACUCUUACGUUGCUCAAUAAUGUAUUUGUAUUUAAUUAAUUAGUUUUAGUUAUUUUUAAGUAUUUAUAAAUAGACCUGAUAGUGGUUUGAGAGGUCAAUUUACACGUGGUAAUUGACGGUAACUGGAAAUGCUUUAUACGUUUGUACGUGGUCCAUAAAAGCCAGAAGUCCUAAUCUAGUGGCUCAAACCUUUGAAUGUUAAUUAGGAAAACUACCACAAUUAUUGAACUAUAAAGCAAUAUUUUGGAUAGAUUUUACAGCACUUUUUAUACUGUUUAAUAAUGUAGUUGUGAAGUUACAAAGAUGAUUUGCAUUUCCGCAUUUACAAUAAUACAAAACGUGGCGUUUCACUUAAUUUUAAAUUCAAAAUUGUUUCUAUAAUAAUGACCUUUCAAACCUUAAUACAUGCUACCCAAAAAUAAUGCAUUUAUUAAUAGAGAAACUAUUAUUUCGUAAGUUACGUGUAGUUUUCGUCAGAAAACUAAUAUCCCUAAGUGCAAUUUUAUGUUUACACAAAUAUUUAGUCUCCACUUAAGAAUCUAAAAGGUUGAGGUGAUAAUUUCUGACUUAUUUUACGGGGAUUUUUUUAUACAUAUCUUGUUUAAAAUGUCUUUCUUGAUAACAUAUUUGGUAUUAACUUAAGCACCUGUUUUGUUUAAUGGAAUAAAAUGUAUGUUGAAACAUUUA